AGAGUUGCUGGCUGGCUGCGUGACGCCUCGCUGAGCCAGCUUAGAGGGUGAGGUCAGGUCUCUGUUUCUUUAAGCUCCGGAACCCAGUCUCACCUUCUAAGUCCCAGAGCCUAUUUACCAUGCUAGGAGGGAAGAAGGUUCCAGAGGAAAGUGUUUCGGGUGAGCCACAGAAAGGAGAUGACCCUCCGCUGGUUGUCCACCCAACUUUGGAGACACCGUGUGAUGGGUCUCCUGUUGGCUUUGUGUGUCACCUUGUUACUCAUGCUCCUGGCUACUCAGUCAUUGCAGCAUCCAAGCCACUAUGCUGGGCACAAGGGACAUAAGGUGGAGGAGAGGGGAGCACUUUCCGACAAUGCUCCUCCAAACACCCCCAUCCCAUCCCACACUGCCCCUAACAGGAGGAAGGAGGUUCAGACACCCAAUCUGCAGCAUCAAAGAGACCCCAAUGGGUACACCUUUAUGAGGACAAGGAGGAGCCCUCCACCUGUAGCUUUCCUCAAAACACACAAGACUGGAAGCAGCACUGUUCAGAAUCUGAUGUUCCGCCUUGGGGAGAAGGAGAACCUCACUUUCGCCUUCCCCUAUUACGCAUACCAGUUCAGCUACCCAGAUAGGUUCCGAGCAGACUUUGUAGAUGAGCUGCCACCGGAUUCCUCUCAGUUCGACAUGCUCUGCAGCCACAUGCGGCUGGACCUGGGACAGCUGAAACAGGUGAUGCCCAGGAACACCAUCUACAUCACCCUGCUGCGUGAUCCUCUACAGACCUUUGAGUCCGUUUUCAGCUACUACACUUCCACUGUACCCGCCUUCACGCUAGCCAAAAAGGCAGCUGACGCAGCUAACAGGAAGUCCGCCCUCUCGGUCUUCCUGGAGGCCCCAGAGUCCUACUGGGACCCUACAGAACCUGGGAAUGGCCUAGCCAGGAACCCUAUGAGCUUUGACCUGGGCCUCAGCAGCCAAGAGUGGAACGCAUCCUGGCCCAUGGAGCUGACUCAGCUGGAGGAGGCCUUCCAGCUGGUGAUGAUCGCUGAGCACUUUGAUGAGUCUCUGGUUCUCCUGGGGGCUCUGCUGCAGCUGGAGCCUGAGGAGCUGGCCUAUGUGCACCUGAAUGUCCGUGCCCCAUCGGACAUCACCCCGCUGGAGGAGGACACCAAGGCUAGGCUCUGGGCCUGGAACAGUCUGGACGUGCUGCUCUACAACUUAUUUCUGCAGGUGUUCUGGGAGAAAGCUGAGCAGUAUGGCCUGGGGAGACUGAAAAGGGAGGUGGCCCUACUGAGGGCCUCCACACAGAGGCUCAGACAGAAGUGUGUGGCCAGAGGAGGAGUCCCCCCUGGUGAGCUGGAGGACCUGGUCAGGCCCUGGCAGACCGACACAGUCACCAUCCUGGGAUACGAGGUACGAGGGAACCUGACCAUACAGGAAGAGGGGCUCUGUGUGCGACUAGUGCUGCCUGAGCUACAGUACCACACUCACCUGUAUUUCCAGCAAUAUGGCCAUGACAUGAGGUCCAUACCUACAGACUAAUGUGCAGCACUUUCCCUUUUAGAUACUACACCACUCAGAAUUUCUGCUUUUGAUGUAUUUUUCCAAUAAACCAAAAAUACUUACA